AUGGUGGGAGUUCCAGGUAAAUCAAAAGGAUGCCAUACGUGCAGGCGGCGCAGGGUCAAGUGUGAUCUUGGACAGCCAAAUUGUGCUCGAUGUACCAAGAUCGGAAAGGUCUGUGAAGGAUAUGAACGAGGUUUAGUUUUCUUGAAUCGGACAGCAACUGGACUGGAGAAACGAAAGGGGUUGGAGGAGGCACUCCCUCGCAAAUCUUCUGAGUCAACAAUUCUUGGCAACAACAUUGAAGGGAUAGCUGAUGGAAGCUGCUUGGCGGACAUGAAUGUAGAAGCUCAGCGAGUGCCUCCUCAAAUCGAUGGCAAGAUUCUAAUUGUGAAGAGAUACGAGAGUCUCUUUUUAGAGGAUUUCUUGCCAUCAGAUCCAAGACGCGGCGGUAAUAUACUAGGUCUCUGGCUGUUGGAAUCUGUUUGUGCUGUCAAACCUAACCGAGCUUUGGAUUGUGCCAAUGAAGCAUUGUUUCUUACGAGGGUAGGUAGAAUGAAUGGUGACAGUUCAACCGCUACUCAAGGAAGAUUGAGAUAUGGACAAGCACUCCGAGAAGUUCAGCGAGCUUUGUUGGAUAAGAUUGAAGCUUUGAGGGACGAGACACUGGCCGCUUGCCAAGCAUUGUCUUUGUAUGAGACUUUGGAAUCAUCUGGUUCGGCUGUACGAGGUCAAAAAAAUCAUUUGCAGGGCAUUGUGAAACUCCUCAAGCACCGACAAUCAAUCAAGUCUCAGAGUGCCCUCUCUGUAGCUCUCACAGACUACUUCUACUAUACGACAAUGGUUCUCUGCAUACAGCAGCGGUCACUAGCUGCGUUUGGAAAUCUUGGCGGAAAAGCUUCUAUAUGGCCCUACGGCAACACCAUCGAACAAAAGCUUUACGAUAAAGGUUUCCUUUUGGCUGCAACCUUCGAGGCUAUUGAUAGGACCUUAGACACUGAAACAAUUAGUGAGAGGGGUCCUAGAAUCACUGCGCUUGUCGACCGGUGCCAGAAAUUAGACCAAGAGCUUGACAUCUGGUACGCAGAAUUAUUAGAAGCAGCAAAAUCGAAACAUACUUGGCAGGCCUUUCUACCUCAGCUACAAAACCAAACUCAGGAGCCCAUAGCAUUUCCCGAUCUUCGUCUUGCGCAUAUCUUGCUCUGCUUCUGGGCUUUGAGAAUGGUCUUGACUUUGACGCUGGUCUCAUUGCACAAAAUGCGCUUCGAAGCACAAGACAAAACACAGGACCAUAAUAUAGACACAGGUUCGCAACAGACGACAUCAGACUCUAUGGAAAGAGAAUCUCGUGGAGGUUACCAGACCCAACAGGGACCACCGGUGAAGGAAAUGUUUGGUAAAGCAACUUAUUAUGCCGAUCUCAUCGUGCGAGGCCUUCCUUAUGUCACACGUGAGGAAAUGGGGAUAGCCAGCUGGUUAAGAUCCAUAUUCGGUCUCCGAGGUGCGCUUGGAGUUUUUCGUUUCACUCGGAAUUUGGAGAAGGUGAGGUAUUGUGAGGAAGUGGUCGCAAUGCUCACAACAGAGAGGGGAAUCAGCUUUGCAGCAGAUAUUGCGCGACAAUCAGCAAGGUGGGGAGAUACGAAGGAGCGGUAUCCAUGA